AAAUCAAAGGCAGAAGAGAAGACCAACUUUGGUAUUUGAAAAUAUCAAAACUAGCAUUGGCUUUUGCAAUUAUCCGCUCCAAACCACCGGGGAAGAGUUGCAAAGAAUACACUGAGCACCUUGCCAAAACUGUGUCCGAACAAGAUUUUGGAUGGAAAUCGAAAGUUGAAGUGCUGGAAGCUGAGGUUCUUCGAUUACGUCAGGAACUUCUUUUGAACAAGAUCUGUCCGAGACUCUACUUGGAAAAUGGGAAACCAGACACCUCUGCUGAAACUCUUCUGGAUCAGGACAGGAUAAACCCCACGAGUUACUCAAGCCAGCUAGAAGACUCUGGAUGCGAUGUCUCUAAUGACUACACGUUCGAUUCUUUGGGCACGGCUUCUGACUCUCACCAAUCUGAGCAUAACGUCAACACUUCAAAACGCUGGUUGGAAAGAAUUCCCCCAUUGAAUCUUUGCUGCAGUGGCCAGGAGGAAUCUCUGGCUGCUCCAGUGCAGUUUUUGCAGCAUCUGCUUGAAAUCAGGAAACUGUCGGAGGGAGGAAUCCUUCAAGCAGACUUCACCGAGCUUGAGAACGAUUCCUUCACCAUCUGCAAUUCUGUGUCUCAGUUGCUUGACGGACUGACAGUUUUUUACAACAGUCCUAAAGUUCCAGUUUCGAGUUUUCUUACUGAAGCAGUUCGUGUUUUGAUCAGUUUAAUAACUGACACUGAAUUAGCUAAUCAUGUUUUGAAGAAGUGUUUCAAGAAGCUGGAAGAAUUUAAGAAAAAUCUAAUGCAGGUUAUUUUAAGAAACAGCAGUGUCAAUAGG